CGGACAGGCGGCGUAGCGCUCCUCUCUCCUGGUCUGUUUGAAGGCGUCACAGCCAACAGUGAGUGUCUCUAUAUGGGAGCGAGUACCCGGGAGAAAGAGGUGAUUUGAUGGUUGUGUUUUAGGACCAACGAACCCGCUGCCAAGAUGAGCGACGUCGUGGAGAAGACCCUGACAGCUCUGCCCAGCCUCCUGUCUAUGGACUCUCAGCCUGGAUCUGCUAAACUCUCCUCCUCCUCCAAACUGGGAAACCUCAUCAGAGGAAUCACCGAGCUGACGUCCAAACAUGAGGAGGAGAAACUUAUCCAGCGUGAACUAGUGUCUAUCAAAGAACAGGUGUCCUCCCCCAACACCACCAUGAGGCAGAUGAAGGAGCUGAUGGUGAGAGCGAUCUACUGUGAAAGUCUGGGUUAUGAAGCUUCUUUCAGCUACAUUCAUGCCAUCAAACUGGCUCAGCAAGGGACUGCUCUGGAGAAAAGAGUCGGUUACCUUGCUGUGUCCUUGUUUCUGAAUGAAAAUCAUGAGCUGCUGCUUCUUCUUGUGAACACUGUAUUAAAGGACCUCCAGAGCACCAACCUUAUUGAAGUGUGCAUGGCUCUAACUGUCGUCAGCCAAAUGUUUCCCAAAGAUAUGAUACCUGCAAUCCUUUCUCUGGUGGAGGAGAAACUCAAUCACCCAAAAGAAAUCAUUCGACGAAAAGCGGUGCUGGCACUUUACAAAUUCUACCUGAUAGCACCGAAUCAAGUUCAACACAUCCACAACAAGUUUCGCAAAGCUCUGUGUGACAAAGAUCCCGGUGUGAUGACAGCUUCAUUGCACAUCUACUUACAGAUGAUCCAGGAGAAUCCAGACGGUUACAAGGACUUGACAGCGAGUUUUGUCACCAUAUUAAAGCAGGUGGUGGGAGGAAAGCUGCCUAUAGAUUUUAACUAUCACAGUGUUCCUGCUCCGUGGCUUCAAAUCCAGCUUCUCAGAAUAUUGUCCUUACUUGGAAAAAAUGACCAGAACGCCAGUGAGAUCAUGUAUGAAAUCCUCGAUGAGUCUUUACAAAGAGCAGAGAUGAACCACAACAUUACCUAUGCAAUAUUAUAUGAGUGUGUAAAAUGUGUUUACACAAUUCAUCCAAAAUCUGACCUUUUGGAAAAAGCUGCAAAGUGCAUCGGCAACUUUGUUCUGUCACAGAAGAUAAAUCUGAAAUAUCUUGGUUUGAAGGCUCUCACCUACGUGGUCCAACAGGAUCCUAAACUGGCCCUGCAGCAUCAGAUGACCAUCAUAGAGUGUCUCGAUCACCCUGACCUCAUCAUCAAGCGUGAGACGGUGGAGCUGCUCUUUCGGAUCACUAACGCCCAGAACGUCAUGGUCAUUGUGGACAAGAUGCUGGAGUUUCUGCGCGUCAGUCCAGAUGACUACACUACUAUUGACCUGACGGGGAAGGUGGCUGAACUGGCAGAAAAAUAUGCACCAGACAAUGAAUGGUUCAUCGAGACCAUGAACACAGUGUUCUCAGUGGGCGGGGACAUGAUGCAGCCUGACAUCCCAAACAGUUUCCUUAAGCUGCUGUCAGAGGGAUUUGACUGUGUGGAGGAGGACAGGAAGCUGAGGCUGUUUGCUGUGGAUUCCUAUGUCUCACUGCUGCGAGGAGAACCUGGCAAGCUGCCACAGCGCUUCCUCCAAGUCAUCAGCUGGGUCCUCGGUGAAUACUCUCACUUGAUGGAGGAACUUGAAGCAGCCACAGUCCUGCACCUUCUGGAGAGGCUGUUGGAUAUGAAGCAAACCAGCAGCGAGACCAAGACCUGGGUCCUCAUGGCAAUGACCAAGCUCUGCGAGGGCAGAGCAAGUGUUGCUGUCGCUCAGCAGGUUUCGGAAACAUACAUCAGCUCAAUGGACACAGUGCUGAGACAGAGGGCUCAGGAGCUGCAGCACCUCAGCCAAGACUCUGAUCUACGAGCCAGGGUUCUACCUCGAGACUCUGGCCUGGAGCCUCAAGAGGUGGAUUCCUCUCUGUCAUUUCUGGAUGGGUUCGUGUCAGAGGCGUUGGCUGCUGGCGCUGCUCCAUACAAGCCUCCCCAUCAACGGCAGGAGGAGCUAGCUCAGGCAAAAGCGUUGAGCCUGGAGCCGUACAGCCCGUCCCUGCCCAUCAGCAUGGCCUCCUGCAGCAUCGCUGACAGACAGUCUCCCACGCUGUUGUCCAUUAGCUCGGGUCUGUCGGGUGACAGUACCGAGCUCUCCCACAAAGGAGGCCCUACAACUCUGAAGUUGGACGGAGUGAAGCGUGUGUGGGGGAGGGAGGGGUACCUGAGGGAGUCUGUGGAGGAGGUGGCCCAGGUGGAGGUUCCCAGUCCCCUCCGGUCACCCGGCCAGCAGGCGGAUGCUGACAGCUCACACAGACAGACUCCGACACUCACGCCUGAUCCCGAACAAGAUAAACAGCAGCUGGCUUCGUCCCUGUUUUUCGGCCUCAGCUCCCAAAGCCCCAUGUGUCUGAUGGGAAAACCUGAGCCGACAACCAAUCGGUUCAGAAGAAAAACCAAAGUUCAGGGCUCCUCCUCGAGCGCCACUGAGCAAACACCCAGCUCCCUCGCCUCUUCUCCCAGCACCGUGGACAACCUGCUGUGUGACGACCUACUGGACUCUAACAUCCCCUCAGAGCCGAGUGUUUCCUCGUCCACAGUCACAUCAGAACUCUCACCGGGCUUCACUGCGACUGCUAAUGGCCCCUGUGAUGUUGAGGCCAAGUCAGCCGGCAGUGACAUAAAGGAAAGUAACCCCUCCCCCAUGGCGGAUGAUGGUUUAGUAGCUGCUGAUCCUGCUCCACAUGAAGACCCAGACAGACCUGAAGACCAGGGUCUCACUUCUCAUCUGCCUGUAGAGCUCCGUGAACUUGGCCACUCAGAAAUCACUCCUCUGUGCACAAACCAAAGUCUGGAGCUGUCAGCCUGUCAUGUGCAGAAGGAGGAUUCCUUAGUGUUUGUCAUUUUCAUUUCCAACUCCUCUGCCAUUCAACAGAUACUACUGGAUCUUCACUCAGAAAAACUAGAGGUAUCCUGUGUGUCUGACAGUCCAGAGGUGGAUGUGAGUAGCCACAGUGUAACAGUGUACCAGUAUUCCCUGACUGUGAAGAGGCCUUCGGUUCAUGUUGAAGUAGUCGGGAUGGUUUCUUACCAGCUGUGUGAUGGUACACCUCAGAGUCUGCAGUUCUCAUACAAACUCCCUCUGACCUCCUUCAUCAGACCCUUGACGGUGUCCACAGAGGAGUAUGGCACAAUGUGGCUCGACUUCUGUCACGACACAAAGCAGAAUCUGACACUGAUCAGUGACGGUGAAGAGCCUCUCACAGCCACUCUGAAUGUGCUGAAGAGGAAACUUCAGCUUGGUGUCGUGGAAAUCAUAGGGAUGGAAGGUAUUCUCGCUUGUCAGCUCCUCAAGGAUCAGCCGUGUCUGAUGCACUGCCGUGUGCACGCCGGUGUGCUGGCGGUGUGGUUGCGCUCUCCAGUGCCUGACCUGCCCGACUGCCUGAUCUACCACUGUCAGAGAGCUCUGCAGGUGGACUGAGCCUCAACUGCACCAAUCCCGUGAGCAACCAGAACCUCAACCCCUGAAAUUGGAGGAACACAGACGUACACAGUGCAGUGCAGAGAAUGAGACAUCUGAUGUUGUCGUCUUUUGAUCACAGUGUAAACCAUUUAUUUAUUUAUCUCCUCCACUAUGAGUUACUUUGGAAGAUUUGGUAUUGAUAGUCCUUGGAUUGUUGAAUUGUAUUACUAGAAGAGGAUCUCAACUGUUGGAGAGUCGUGACUGGGAAUAACUUCAGGGCUAAGAGAGUUUGUGUAAAUCUGUCUGUUUCAGAAUUAUACUUAAGUCUUAAUUUACUGUUCAGAUCUGGUGUUUACAUCCGCCCUGAGUGUCUGAUCACCAGGGGUCAGCUCUAAGUUCAGGACUGAACUCACCCAAUUGUGUCCUGAAUGUGUCCUGAGCUCUGAUCACUAAGACCACAUUAGGAGGCGGCCUGAGACUCAUGUGGCCACAUUCUGUUCACUGUGUGAACGCAUAUGUGUCCUGGGCCACAUCAAACGACUGCUUACUCAGCUGACGUCUCUGACACGCUGCAGUUUUGUAACGUCAUAUCUAUUUUUAGGCUUCUCAGUGACCAUAUGUUGAUUAGUUUGUGGCCACCGCCUCAAUAUCAACACUGAUCACUGCAUAUGAUUGAUACUUUUCUUAAACUGGUCAAAUCUCUCCUCAAGACAGCCACAGAAGAAUUAUUCAGCUCCUCCUCACUCUUUUCUCUCUCUCUCUCUCUCUCCCUCUCUCUCUCUCUACCUCUCUCCUGCUCGCUUAUGCCUACAGACACGUCUGUAAACUCAGACUGGGUAAAAACAACAUAAUUGGUCUCUGUGAACAGAAUUGACAGUUGUAACUAUUUGUGUAUUUAGCCGGGAAGUGAGAUCCAAUCACAAGUGGUCACCGUAGACAUAUUCCGGACACGUUUUAAUUCCAGGAACUUAACGCUGUCCACUUGUGAUCGGAUCUCUCAGGAUGGAUGUGAAUACCAGGUUUGAACUGGGUCAUAUAGGAUGAUGGCAGGGCUCCAAAUUGACUUGAAACCUUUAAUGGUCAAAACAUUGUGAAAUGAAUAUUAAGUUUGAAAUUUCUGUCACACAUUUUCUACUUUCUUGUCAACACAUAUUCAAGCAAUACAGAUUCAAACUAGGGCUACGUUGUACCGUUCGGUGUUCGGGCCCUAAUGAGAGAAUACAAAUUCUAAAGUUGGAUUUACUGAUGUUAUGGAUCAGGUGUUUUCGGAGAAACACAGUGGAAAUAUUUAAAUAUCUUGUCAGUACUAUGACAAAUAUUAUGCCAGCAAACUAAUAUUUACAGUUUGUUGUCAAGGAAAACAUGUUCCAGUACCUGAAGUUUCCUCAAAGCAAAUAAAUGUUUACAUUGUUCUUUGUCUUAAAGACAACGUUAUGUCUCCUCUAACCUCCAACUGCAGCUGUUACAUUUGAUUCUUACAUCUGUGAUGCAUAUUUUGUCUAAAAAGUAGCAGUGAGGAUCAUCAUAUUCUCCAUUUAUCAUUGGGUGAUGUUUUGUAGAUGCUCCCUUCUUAUAGGAUCGUAUUUCUGGUUUGUCAGUUUUGGUGAGAGGUGGAUUUUAAUGUUUUUUUUUUAUUAUUAUAUUUUUCUAUCAAAGCAGUAUUGAGAACAUAUUUAUUGGAUUUAUAUUCUUACAGAAAAUAUUUUAUAUUGAUUUCACACACAAAAAAAACUACUUGUGCUUCAUAUACUGUUUUGAUUGCGCUGUGCCGGAUUUGGUUUCCAGUUUGAAAACUUUUUUUAUUUAAUUUAAUCUGAAGGGAGAGUUGACCUUUUUCUUUUUUGUGUCCUGAUAUGAAACAAAACGAGACACGUAAAUCUCAACUUUAACCCAACGCCUUAUGCUCUAAUGCCACGAUGGUGUGUUUGAUUUGUGCCUGUGGUACAGAAAGAGGAAAUCCUUUUUUCUUAGUGCCUGUCACUAUGUUCUACUAACUUCUGAAUAAAUUCAACACAUGUAAACUU